CGACCUGGAUUCAGCCAUAUUCCCGACCGCUCCGCCGCGCCGGCAGCCGCUUCAGCUGCCCGAAACCUGCCCCUAAUCCCCGGCACGGUGCUGCCCGGCUGCCCCGGAGCUCGCCGGAGCUCGUUGAGCACGGCCCCGGUCCACCCCCAGGCCCCGGCCCCGGCCCCCGGUGCCCGGUCCCGGGCUGGUACACAUGGAGCCGCGGCGGCGGCGGCCAGCCUGAGAGGCGGCGGUUCCUGAUCCCGGUCCCCGGGAGGAAAAGUCCCGGUUGAGCGGAUUAAGCGCGGACGGACGCGGGCCUGGUGGCGUCUAACCGAGCCGAGCUGAGCCGAGCUGAGCCGAGCUGCAUGCCCCCCCCGGAGCGGAGGGGCUAGGGCGUGAAGCAGGAAGCGGAGCCGCGGAGCCCCGGCGGCGGGCCGAGCCCCGGCGGGUCCCGGCGGGAGAGAGGGCGGCAGCAUGUCGGCCGCGGAGCGGCUGCGGCGGCUGGAGGAGCUGCUGCUGGAGCAGAGGGCGGCCGGCUGCCUCAGCAUGGAGGCGCUGCUGGACCUGCUGCUCUGCCUCUACCAGGAGUGCUCCCACCCGCCCCUGAAGAGGGAGAAGCACAUCACCGACUUCCUGGACUGGGUGAAACCCUUCACCACCACAGUGAAGGACAUGCGGCUGCACAGAGAGGACUUUGAAAUGCUGAAGGUGAUUGGACGAGGAGCCUUUGGAGAGGUUGCCGUGGUGAAGAUGAGGAACACGGAGCGGGUCUACGCCAUGAAGAUCCUGAACAAGUGGGAGAUGCUGAAGAGAGCAGAGACGGCGUGUUUCCGUGAGGAGCGGGACGUGUUGGUGAAGGGGGACAGCCAGUGGAUCACCACGCUGCACUACGCCUUCCAGGACGACAACUACCUGUACCUGGUCAUGGACUACUACGUGGGCGGAGACCUGCUGACGCUGCUCAGCAAGUUCGAGGACCGUCUCCCCGAAGACAUGGCCAAGUUCUACGUGGCAGAGAUGGUGCUGGCCGUCCACUCCAUCCACCAGCAGCAGUACAUCCACCGGGACAUCAAACCAGACAACGUCCUGCUGGACGUCAACGGUCACAUACGGCUGGCAGACUUCGGCUCGUGUCUCCGCAUGAUGGAGGACGGCACGGUGCAGUCCUCGGUGGCGGUGGGGACCCCGGACUACAUCUCCCCGGAGAUCCUGCAGGCCAUGGAGGACGGGAUGGGCCGCUACGGCCCCGAAUGCGACUGGUGGUCCCUGGGCGUGUGCAUGUACGAGAUGCUGUACGGGGAGACGCCCUUCUACGCCGAGUCGCUGGUGGAGACCUACGGGAAGAUCAUGAACCACGAAGAACGUUUCCAGUUCCCCCCCCACGUGAGCGACGUGUCGGAAGACGCCAAGGACCUGAUCCAGCGGCUGCUCUGCUCCAGGGAGCGCCGGCUCGGCGUCGGCGGCAUCUCCGACUUCAAGAAGCACCCGUUCUUCAGCGGGAUCGACUGGGACAACAUCCGCUCGGCCGAGGCCCCCUACAUCCCCGACGUGUCGUCGCCCACAGACACGUCCAACUUCGACGUGGACGACGACGUCCUGAAGAACCCGGACGCCGGACUCCCCGUGUCCCACACCGGCUUCACCGGGCAGCACCUCCCGUUCGUGGGCUUCACCUUCACCACCGACAGCUGCUUCUCCGACCGCAGCUCCAUCAGCCGGGCGGCGCCGCGGGUCCAGCUGGAGGACGGGGGAGGGGGAGGGGGAGGCCCGGAGCUGGAGGCCUUCGAGAGGAGGAUCCGCCGGCUGGAGCAGGAGAAGCAGGAGCUGAACCGGAAGCUGCAGGAGUCCACGCAGGCCCUGCAGGCUCCUCGGGGAGGAACUCUGAGCCGGGACAAAGAGAUCAAGAAGUUGAACGAGGAGAUCGAACGUCUGAAGAAGAAACUGGCAGACUCUGAUAGGCUGGAGCACCAGCUGGAGGAGGCCGUCACCCUCAGACAGGACUACGAGAGCUCCGCCUCCAAGCUGAAGGCCCUGGAGCGGCAGGUGAAGACCCUGAGGACGGAGAAGGACGACGUCCACAAGCAGCUGGCCGAGGCCCUGGAGCGUCUGAGGACUCAGACCAAGGAGCUGAAGGACACCCACUCCCAGAGGAAGCUGGCCCUGCAGGAGUUCUCGGAGCUGUCGGAGAGGAUGGCCGAGCUGCGCUCCUCCAAGCAGCGGCUGUCCCGCCAGCUCCGGGACAAGGAGGAGGAGAUGGACGCGCUGCUGCAGAAGAUGGAAUCCAUGAGGCAGGAGAUCCGGAAAACUGAGAAGAGCCGCAAGGAGCUGGAGGCCCAGCUGGACGAGGCCAAGGCCGAGGCGUCCAAGGAGAGGAAGUUGCGGGAGAACAGCGAGGUUUACUCCAAGCAGCUGGAGGCCGAGCUGCAGAGCCUGAAGUCUCAGCAGGGGAGAGGAGCGGGGGCGGUGGGACCGGAGUCCCAGCAGGAGCUGUCCCGCCUGAAGGCGGAGCUGGAUAAGAAGGUGCUGUUCUACGAGGAGGAGCAGCUGCGGCGGGACCAGGCCCACUCCUCGGAGCUGAAGAACCUCCGCAAGGACCUGCAGGAGUCCGAGGGGGCGCAGCUGUCCUCCAACAAGGAGCUGCUGCAGCUGCGGGACAAGCUGGACAAGGCCAAGAGGGACAGGCAAACUGAGAUGGACGAAGCCGUCGCUGCUCUGAAGAAAAAACACGAACGAGAGAAGAACCUGCUGACGGAGGAAAACCGGAAACUGACGGUGGAGACGGACAAGCUGUGCUCCUUCGUGGACAACCUGACGGCUCAGAACCGUCAGCUGGAGGACGAGCUGCAGGACCUGUCCUCCAAGAAGGAGAGCGUGGCCCACUGGGAGGCCCAGAUCGCUGAGAUCAUCCAGUGGGUCAGCGACGAGAAGGACGCCCGGGGCUACCUGCAGGCCCUGGCCACCAAGAUGACGGAGGAACUGGAAACGCUGCGCAGCUCCAGCCUGGGAACCAGACCUCUGCCCGAAUCAGGAGUGGCCACGCCCCCUAAGAAGCCCUGGCCUCCCAUUGGUGGAGACAGGAGGGACCCGCUGUGGAAGGUCCGCCGCAGCCAGAAGCUGGACAUGUCGGCCCGCCUGGAGCUCCAGUCGGCGCUGGACGCUGAGAUCAGAGCCAAGCAGCUGGUGCAGGAGGAGCUGCGCAAGGUCAAGGCCUCCAACAUCCACCUGGAGAGCAAGCUGAAGGAGUCGGAGGAGCGGAGCAGGGAGGUGGCCGACCAGAUGGACAGCCUGAAGAAGGAGGUGGAGGACAGCCGAUCGCGCGUGGACAAAGGUCUGAAGCUGCCCGACUUCCAGGACUCCAUCUUUGACUACUUCAACACGUCUCCUCUGGCCCCGGACCUCACCUUCAGAGCGUCUCUUUGCUCCGCCUCCUCACUGCUGUCCGUCUGGGAAGACACCUCGGACCUGGACUCCACCCCGCUGAAGCCGGGGGCCACGCCCCCCUCCCCCUCCCCCUCCUCCGAGUACGAGGAAGGAAAAGCAGCAUCGGGUCCUGUCAGCCCCUCCCCCACCCUCCAGAGCUCAGCGCUGACCUCGCCGAAGCCCAGAGCUCACCAGCUGAGCAUCAAGACCUUCUCCAGCCCCACCCAGUGCACCCACUGCACCUCCCUGAUGGUGGGCCUGCUCCGGCAGGGCUACGCCUGCGACGUGUGCUCCUUCAUCUGUCAUGUGACCUGCAAAGACCACGCCCCCCUGGUGUGUCCCAUCCCGGCGGAGCAGGCCAAGAGGCCGCAGGGCAUCGACGUGCAGCGGGGCAUCGGUACCGCGUACAAGGGCUACGUCAGGACCCCCAAGCCCAGCGGAGUGAAGAAAGGCUGGCAGCGAGCGUUCGCCGUCGUCUCCGACUGCAAACUGUUCCUCUACGACAUCCCAGAGGGGAAGUCCACCCAGCCGGGCGUGGCGGCCAGUCUGGUCCUGGAUCUCAGAGACGAGGAUCUGUCCGUCAGCUCCGUGUUGGCGUCAGACGUGAUCCACGCCACCAGGAAGGACGUCCCCUGCAUCUUCAGGGUGACGUCCUCCCAGCUGGUGUCCCAGCUGUCCUCCGUGUCCCUGCUGGUCCUGGCGGAGAGCGAGGCUGAGAAGAAGAAGUGGGUCCGGAUCCUGGAGGGUCUGCAGAGCAUCCUAACCAAGAACCAGCUCAAGAGCCAGCAGGUGCACGUGCUGCACGAGGCCUACGACGCCUCGCUGCCCAUCAUCAAGACGGUGCUGUCGGCCGCCGUGCUGGACCGGGAGAGAAUUGCCCUGGGAACCGAGGACGGUCUGUUCGUGGUGGAGGUGACUAGAGACGUGAUCGUGCGCGCCGCCGACAGUAAGAAGGUGUGUCAGAUCGACGUGAUCCCCAAGGAGAAGAUCAUCGCCCUGCUCUGCGGCCGGAACCGGCAGGUCCACCUCCACCCCUGGGGGGUUCUGGAGGGAGCCGAGUCCUCCUUCGACAUCAAACUGGCUGAGACCAAAGGCUGCCAGGCCCUGACCACCGGCGUGCUGAGACCCGGGGGCCCCGCCUGCCUGCUGGCCGCCGUCAAGCGUCAGGUUCUGUGCUACGAGAUCACGCGAGCCAAGCCGUACCACAAGAAGCUGUGGGAGGUCCAGGCCCCGGGCACGGUGCAGUGGCUGGGGAUGGUCCGGGACCGGCUCUGCGUGGGCUACCCGUCCGGCUUCGCCCUGCUGGCCCUGCAGGGGGAGUCGUCCCCCAUCAGCCUGGUGAGCCCGGCCGACCCGUCCCUGGCCUUCCUGGCCCAGCAGCCGCUGGACGCCCUGCACGCCCUGGAGGUGGGGGCCAGCGAGCUGCUGCUCUGCUUCAGCCAGCUGGGCGUCUACGUGGACGGACAGGGCCGCCGGGCCCGGAACCAGGAGCUGAUGUGGCCCGCCACGCCGCUGGCAUGCUGUUCCAACUCGUCUCACCUGACCGUCUACAGUGAAUACGGCGUGGAUGUCUUUGACAUUCACACCACAGACUGGGUCCAGACCAUCUCCCUCUGCAAGAUCAGACCACUGAAUGUUGAAGGGACGUUAAACCUGCUGAGUUCAGAACCUCCUCGUCUGAUUUACUUCAGCAACGCCUCGUCAGAGGGCGACCUCACCAUUCCCGAGACGUCGGAGCACAGCCGCAAGCUGAUGGUCCGGACCCGCAGCAAGAGGAAGUUCCUCUUCAAGGUUCCCGAGGAGGAGCGGCUCCAGCAGAGGAGGGAGAUGCUGAGGGAUCCGGAGCUCCGCUCCAAGAUGAUUUCCAACCCCACCAACUUCAACCACGUGGCUCACAUGGGACCAGGAGACGGCAUGCAGGUCCUGAUGGACCUCCCCCUGGUUGGUGAUUUCACCUCCCUCUCACCUUCCCCGUCUCCCUCCCCCUCCUCCUCCUCCUCCCGUCACACCCUCAUCUCUCCCCCCUCCAACUUUGAGCACAUCUAUCACAUGACGUCGGCGUCGGCCGGCGUCUUCUUGCAGAAGGAGGCCUCCUCUUCCUCCUCCUCCUCCCAGCAGAGUCUCCUGCAGCCUUCCUCCUCCUCCUCCUCUCCCUCCAUCUCCUCUCUGGGAAGGAGUGUGAUGCCCUCCUCCCAGGAUGAUGCCAUCAGAGACAAGCCCCGCCCACUGUCCAGUAUCUCCAGGCAACAGAGGAGCAAGUCUAACAUCACUCGCACGGCUUCAGAUUUUGGGGGAGGAGCUACAAAUCGCAGCACCGGUGACCUGGACCAGGACCUGGACCGAGAGCCGGACUCAGACUCCACCAAACACUCGACCCCCUCCAACAGCUCCAACCCCAGCAGCCCCCCCAGCCCCAACUCCCCCCACCGCAGCCAGCUGACCCUGGACAGCCUGGACUCUGAGCCCUGACCCCUGACCCCUGACCCCGCCCUCCUGCACCCCGCUGAGGCCCCGCCCCCUCUGACGGGGGGGGCUGUAUGAGCCCACCAGGCUGCAGACUGCAGAGAGUUUAGCUUUUACUUUAACCAUUUUAUUUUGGCGGGGUGAGUCUGACAUUCUUGCUGCUUUUAUUUUAUUGGAUUUUACCUGCUGGGAAGCCCCGCCCCCAUGGUAUUUACCCCUGCUGAUGCUGUUGCGUGACCUUUGACCUUUAUCUGACAUGGGUGUGGGACCAGUCCCUUCCUGUUCUUCUUCUUCUGUAUUAAAUAACUUGAGCUUUAGCGGGUGUUAGCCUCAGGGCUAACGGAGACUGAAUAUUGACUGACGGAGGUCUCACUCUGAAGAAAAAAACACUGUAUUAAAUAACUUUAAAGUUUUGUUAAAGUUGCACAUCAUCAUCAUCAUCUUCGUUGUUUGUGUAGGAGAAAAAUAAUCUUGAUUAUUUUGUCAGUGACGAUCUUUUCUCUUGUCUCCUCCCCUCCCCUGACGCCGCCCACCGGCCGGGUGAGUGGGAGGGGCUUCGACCCCGAGCACUACUGCUUUCCUUUCUUCCAAAAUGACCAGUACAAGAAUCUUUGUAACGAUAAACUGUUAGCAGCCAGAAGCCACGAUAAACCUGAAGAGAAUCAUUGUCGGUGUCGGAGCCGCCUGCAGCGGCGCCGGUGGGCCCGCGCCCGGCCCCCCGCGCCCGGCCCCCCGCGCCGCUGCAGGUGCAUGUUCACACAACACGCUAUUUCAAUGUGCUUUGUCAGGCUUGCAGGAAAACGGCAUAACAUGACAUAACACGAUGUACUUUUUACAUAAAGUGUUCUAAAAUAUGUUUUAAAGCAGAAACAAAAAAGAAUAAAUAAAACCACAGAAGUGUAGCCGAGUGUGAUGCACAAUAAAGACGAUAUUGUGAAACAUGAAAGCUCAGAAUCU